CUUUCUGCGCAUGUCAAGACAUCGAGCGUAGUCUCGUGUGCUAGCAGCUGCUAUUACAACACAUCGAAGAACGAUGCCAAGACGCUAAUAAGUCACCGAUAGUCUCUGCCUGCUAUUAUGGACAUAUUUAUGUAAUAGAAAAGACGUAGUUAAUUGUUCGUGUCGGGAUAAACUACUCAGUGGGCUAGAAGCUUCCCAGGCUAGCUUAGCAAGCUAACUGCUACGACGAGGCGGAAGUUAUCAAAGCAUAGCUCAGCAUAGUUCAAGUGUGAGUGGAAAGUUGUUAUUAUGUGUGACGUACAGAUGCUUAGAGCACUGGUUAAUCGGUGUUUGACUGCGGCCGUUGACGAAAUAUUUGUAGAGUUCGAAAGAGCGCUAGCAUGGUACGAUGGGGAACUUUCUCGAACAAAAGAGGAGAACGAGCGACAACGUGAGCUACUACACGUUGUGUUCAAGGACCCUCGAGUGGUGUUAUACAGAACAGACAUCCGUCAAGAUCUUCCCCCUGAGCAGCAGGAGUGGAGAUGCAAGGUGGAGCAGGAGGAGCCACAGCCCCUCCACAUUAAAAAGGAGGAAGAAGAGGAGGAUCAUUUUGAUAGUCUGGAACCGUUUCCAGUGAAGAAUGAAGACGAUGAAGACAAAUGUCAAAGCGAAGAGGCGAGAGAGCUGGAGCCUCCAACUCAGCAGCACACGACCGUCAAAGCUGAUGGAGGAUCACGAGCAGACAGCCUCUUAGCGCUUCUACUGUCUGAUAAUCUGGAAGAGUUUUCGGUGAUGAAUAUGCUCGUGAAGAGCGAAGGCGAUGACGACAAAGGUCAAAGCGAGGAGAAGAGAGAGCUCGAGCUUCCAAGCAGCAGCUCAACUCAGCAGCACACGACCAUCGAAGCUGAUGGAGGUUCACAAGCAGACAACUUCUUAGCGCCGCUAUCGGAUAGUGACGACAUGACGUCAAACUGUCCUGACACUAACGACGAAGGCUCUAAAGCUGAUGAGACACAUCCCGCUCACAGCGUUGGCUUUACAUAUCCUAAGUGUGACAAAGCUUUUAAUAAUCGUUAUCAUCUGAUGAAACACAUGACAACUCACACAGGUGAAAAACCAUACAAGUGCUCCGUUUGUGGUAAAGGCGUCUGUUCGAGGGCAAAUUUGAAAGCACACAUAAAAAUACACACGAAAAAGAAACCUUUAUCCUGUUGGAAGUGUGGUAAAUGUUUUGCAUCCAGUGGAACUUUGAAAGAACACAUAAGAAAAAAGCACACUGAAGAGAAUCUUUACUCCUGUUUGGUGUGCCGUAAAGGUUUUGUACGAUAUCGGCAGUUGACAACACACAUGAGAGUACACAGCGGGAAACCUUUUAAAUGUUCAGUGUGCCGUAUGUGUUUUGCUAAGUCGCAUUAUUUGGAAAUACACCAAAGUAUCCACACGAUAAAAAAAGGAGGGACAAAUGUGGAGUGUGUGAUGGGAGAAGCUCCUGUAAGUACCAACUUAACACUCAGGACUGCUGGUGUAACAGCAGUAGUAAAUGAAGCUGCUGGACUUUAAAUAAACCGUCAAGACUUCCUGUGUUGUAUGUGGAAGUGUCUACCAUUUGCAAUAAAAAUAAUAACCAUUAGCCUGCUUUGUUUUUCAUUGCUCUUGGCCACUUCCCCCAGUCUACAGCUAAUAAUAAUAAUAAACAAUAAAAAGAUUAAUAUAAAUUAAUUAUUAUUAUUUAAUAAUGUUUGUAUGUGUAAGUGUUUCCCAUUUGCAAUAAAAAAAUGAUAGCCCUUAA